GUAGGAUGCUCAAGCUUCCGGUCUGUCAUCAACGCACGAUGCAUCUAGAUAUUACCUACCUACCUAGGGAUACAUACAUUGUUCGCUCGAAAGUCCCUGUCAAGCCUGCCUGCAGUCCGCCGCCAAGGUCAAGGGCGCCGAGAGAAAUGCGCUCUCCUUCCGCUACUGCGUGCGGACGCGCUUCGCCGACGUCAACAUCUUUGAGUCGCCCGAGGGCGAAGCCGCCGACGCCAUGCAGACCGAGACCCUGAUGCGGAUGCUGGGCGACCUGCUUGCCCGGAUCGCCACGCCCGCCGAAUUUACCCUCGCCGACGACCCGGCCGCGUUCAACAAGGCCAUGCUCUCGUGGCUGACCGACCCCGACUUCCGCCUCCCCAACGGCAGCGUCGUGGGCCUCUGCUGCUCCAGCCUACUGAGCCUCCAGUUCCGGGAAGACGCCGACGCCAGCACGGACGACCUGAUGCUCGACUUCCGCCGCUUCCUCCUGGCCACCUCGCUCGCCCACGCCGGCUGGCGCGACGGCAGCCUCAAGGCCAUCCGCGCCGACGACCUGCGCGCGGCCGGCCACAUCUCCGGGGCCCGCCUCUUCCGCCGGCUCGGCCGCGUCCUGACGCCCCAGUUCCUGUCCCGCUGCGGCCGCGACCAGUGCCAGGUGCUGUUCCUCCUCGUCCUCGGAGCCGUCCUGGGCGUGGGCUACUACUCGUCCUCCCGACUGGAGGACGACCGCUCGCCCGAUUUCUUCCCCCCCGCGGUCGGCGGCAUGCUGAGCCCGGAGCUCCGGCGCAGCCCGACGCUGUGGCUGGCCAUGAAGGAGCAAUUGUGCCAGAUGCUGGCCCACCACCUGAUCUUCCUCGGCUCCAUGCUGGAGAUCAAGCUGGAGGCGGCUGUGGAGCAGAGGAUCAUCGAGACGGCCGUGGCCCGGUGGAACAAGGCGGAGGACUUCGUCUGGGCGGACAUGUCGAGCUCCGGGUUCGGGGUCGGGGAGGACCGAAAAGAAGAAGGAAAAGAAGAAGAAGAAGAAGAAGAAGAAGAGCGCCCGCCCUCGACGAGGACGUGCAAGUCGCCAGAGGUUGUCAGGAGCGAGGACGUGGACCAGGACUCGGUGCUCGUCCAGCCGAGCUCGAGCCGCGUUCCCAGCAGUCAUUGUGCGCCUGCGUCGUCGUCCUCGUCGGCGCCUCCUCCUCCUCCUCCUGCUGCUGCGCGACUCCCGCCGCUCGUCACGAUAUCCCUGUCGGAACUGAAGCAGUUCCAUCCCGAAUCCGUGGAUGCGUGGUUCGAGAAUCCACAAUCGUAUCUCUCCAUGUUUGACGACGAGCUGGGGAGCACGGGCGAGAGGGCGGCGUCAUCGGCGUCGGGAGCAGCACCCGAGCUGACCGCGCGACAAGAGGGUGAGUCUAGGGAGCGAUUCCUCGUUCCAAAGGUUGGCGUGUGUCGGCCCGAGAGCUAACCAGCACGACCAUGGAUUUAGCCCCCGAGAAGGUGCAACCAGGAGUGAGGAAGCGAAGGUCCAUGUGGAUUGUGCGUUCGUUUGACGCCGGGCCCGAACAGGGACUGGUCAAUGUGCACGCCCGGCUACAACCGGGUACCGGGCUGGAGAGCAUACGAGCAUUUGUUUGACCGACAAGAGGACGGAGAGGUGUUCAUUGGCGGCCGGUGAUGAUGUUAUGACAAGGUCUGGGCACGGAAUAGAGAGAGGCGUUCAUUAGGUAAUUAUUCAGGUGUUGCUAACGCAGGGAGGGGAGAAGACUAGGCCAUGAUGACUGAUGACCCUGGGAAUCGCAAAGACAUACAUAAUUACACGCUUCAAGAAAUCCCUAGCUUAAUUGACCUUGAACAAGAUGAUGAUUACAGAUACUGGCGACAGAAGACUCAGAAUGCGAAACAAAUACGCGUUUGGGUUGUCUAGUAGUUCUAUCGGUUAGUAAUACUGUGUAAUUUCGGAGUGAGUAAUUACUCCAUCCUUCUGUAGUAAUUUAAUUAAUAGAGGGAGUUAGAUAAUCGUUCCCAAGGUUCUUGCCCUGCUUCUCC